CGCGGACCCCCGGCAGCCGAGGGAGGGCGACGCGGAGGGCUCCUCCGGCCAACCGCAGCCGCCACGGGAGGCAGCAGAAAAGGCGGGCGCCUCGCUAGCUGCUGAGCCGAAGCGGCGACGCCCGAGCGAGGACGAAGAGGAGGGGGCCGCGCUGCUGGGAGAAGCGGCGGCGAGCGAGGCGGCGCUAGGCGACGGCUCGUCCCCAGCCGCGGACCUGUCGCCGAGUUUCUCCCCCUUGAGCUGGUGGCGACGACUGCGGCGGCGGCUGCUGCUGCUGCCCUUCUCGUGGCCCUCCUCGGCGCCGGCGCCGCCGCCACCGGGGACCCAGCGCUGCCCCUGCGCGCCCGCCCGCUCCAUCGCGCGCUGUUGUCAUGGAGGAGCCAAAAUGGCGGCCUUGGCCUACACCCUGGGCAAGCGGGAGAUCAACCACUAUUUCAGCGUGAAGAGCGCCAAGGCGCUCGCGCUGGGCGCCGUCCUGCUGCUGGCCGCCUGCCACGCCGUGUCCCGCCGGUACCAAGGAGAUGAUUCUUGUGAAUACCUUCUUUCCAGUGGAAGAUUUCUUGGGGAGAAGCUAUGGCAACCUCACAGCUGUAUGAUGCAUAAAUAUAAACCAGGUGAUGUAAAAGACUGUCUUGCCAACAAGCACAUAGCUUUCAUAGGUGAUUCUAGAAUCCGCCAGCUGUUUUACUCCUUUGUGAAACUCAUAAAUCCUCAAAUUAAGGAGGAGGGAAACAAGCAUGGAAACAUUCCUUUUGAAGAUAAAUCUUCAUCUCUCAAAGUGGAUUUUCUGUGGUAUCCAGAAGUCAAUGGCUCCAUGAAGCAACGGUUCAACUCAUGGAAUGAGGGAUCCUCUCCAAAGCCUAACAUAAUUAUAGCAGGAGCUGCUACGUGGUCCAUCAAAAUUCAUAAUGGCAGCAGUGAAGCCCUCACACAGUAUAAAAUCAAUAUCACAUUGAUUGCACCUCUUCUGGAGAAACUGGCAAAAAGCAGCGAUGUCUACUGGGUCUUACAAGAUCCAGUCUAUGAAGAUAUGUUGAGUGAAAGCAGGAAAAUGAUUACUAAUGAGAAGAUCGAUGCCUACAAUGAAGCAGCAGUCAGCAUUCUGAACAGCAGUGCAAGAAAUUUGAAGGCCAGAGUGAAAGUGUUCAGUGCUUCUAGGUUGAUAGCAGAGGAAACUAUAAUGCAGUCUUUGGAUGGUUUGCAUCUUCCUGAAUCAAGCAGAGAAGUGAGUGCCACGAUCCUCAUGAACGUCUACUGCAACAAGGUCAUGAAGCCCGUUGAUGGUUCCUGUUGCCAGCCUCGACCUCCCAUCACUUUGAUACAAAAGCUAGCUUUUUGUUUUUUCGGUGCAUCUGCAAUUGGGUAUUUAAUUUUGGUCCUUGUCCGUCGCAACAAUCAUCGGAAGAACAAGCCAUGCACUGAUAUGGAGAGCGGGGAAGAGAAGAAACCUCCUACGAAUUCUUCAGCCGUUUCUACUCUAGAGACACUUCUGCUGUGCUUGUCCAAGCUUGGCUUGAUCAUGGCCUACUUCUACCUGUGUGACAGAGCGAAUCUGUUCAUGAAAGAGAACAAGUUCUAUACUCACUCGUCCUUCUUCAUACCAAUAAUUUACAUAUUGGUCCUGGGGGUAUUUUAUACGGAAAACACUAAGGAGACUAAAGUGUUAAAUAGAGAACAGACAGACGAAUGGAAAGGCUGGAUGCAGCUGGUCAUUUUGAUCUAUCAUAUCUCUGGAGCAAGCACUUUUUUGCCUGUUUACAUGCAUGUCCGGGUACUGGUUGCUGCAUAUCUGUUCCAAACAGGCUAUGGGCAUUUUUCAUACUUCUGGAUUAAAGGAGAUUUUGGCAUUAAUAGAGUGUGUCAGGUCUUAUUUCGACUGAACUUCCUCGUUGUGGUGUUGUGCAUUGUGAUGGAUCGGUCUUACCAGUUCUAUUAUUUUGUUCCUCUGGUUACUGUGUGGUUUAUGAUUAUAUAUGUUACAUUAGCUCUCUGGCCUCAGAUAGUCCAGAAAAAAGCCAAUGGAAAUUGCUUUUGGCAUUUUGGUUUGCUGCUGAAACUAGCUUCCCUGUUAAUUUGUAUAUAUUUUCUAUCAUGUUCUCAGGGUGCAUUUGAGAAAAUAUUUUCUCUUUGGCCGUUGUCCAAAGGUUUUGAAUUAAAUGGGAGUGUCUAUGAAUGGUGGUUUAGGUGGAAACUAGAUCGAUAUGUCGUUUUUCACGGGAUGUUGUUUGCUUUUAUUUAUCUAGCGUUUCAGAAACGGCAGGUCCUAUCCGAAGGAAAGGGAGAGCCACUCUUUCCCAGCAAAGUUUCAAACGUGUUGUUAUUUAUUUCAGUACUCUCUUUUUUGACAUACUCUAUCUGGGCGAGCAGCUGUAAAAACAAAACUGAGUGCAAUGAGAUGCAUCCUUCUGUUUCAGUUGUGCAGAUUUUAGCUUUUAUCCUUAUAAGGAAUAUACCUGGCUAUGCUCGUUCUGUGUACAGUUCGUUUUUUGCCUGGUUUGGCAGAAUUUCUCUUGAGCUCUUCAUCUGCCAAUACCACAUUUGGCUAGCAGCAGAUACCAAGGGGAUCUUGGUCCUUGUCCCAGGAAAUCCCAUGCUCAACAUUAUUAUCAGCACUUUUAUAUUUGUAUGUGUGGCACACGAAAUUUCCCAGAUCACAAAUGAUCUUGCACAAAUUGUAGUUCCAAAAGAUAAUGCAGUUCUGCUGAAAAGGUUGCUAUGUAUAGGUGGGUUUUUUUCAGGACUUCUCUUUUUAUCAGCAGUUGAAAAUCAAUCAAGGCAUUAACUUCCAUGAACUUCAGGCUUUCUUUGUGUACGCCUAAGCCAAACGAAAAAUUAGCUGGAAUUAAACAGCACCAAAAAAAUAAAUAAAUCAAAAUGAAGUCUACUAAACGUAUAUGAAGUGGAAAUGUCACCAUUUGGCGUGGUCAUCUCCAUCUGCAAAGGAGUACGGAGAAACAGAAAGACACUGUACAACUGCAUGUGAAAAAGACAUCGUUGCUGCUGGAACAUUAUUUCUGUUUACAAUGGUUUAAAGAUGGAGGAGGGUUUGGGUAACCAAACCGUCUGAGGAGUGUUGCAUUCAUUUUAUCUUGAGGCAUUAUCAAGUUGUUAAAUAAUGAGUAGCGUACUGUAGUUAAUGUAUUUGUAUGUUUUAAGAAGCUGCUUUUGCUGCAAGGAAUCAAGCAACCUGAUCCUGCAAACCCUAACAGUUCUGUCCUAACCUGAAUUCCUCUUCCAAGCCAGUUGAAGCCGGAGGGCUUAGGAGAGUGUCACUCUGCCUAAGAUGAUAGGGUACGUUCCAGUCAUUGCAUAGGUUACUUAGAGAUGGCACUACCCUUCAACGCUGCAGCCGUUCCUUAAGCAUCGAUUCACUAUCAGAAUUUUCAUACAGAAAUAGAGGAUGUUCUGAAAUCAGAAAAUUAGUAAUGAUGGUUAUUUGCAAAAUAGCUACUACAUAUCGAAACCCUUUUAACGCUGCAGGGGGUGUGUGCUGACAUUAAUAUAAUCUUAAUAUUCAUGUUUACAAAUUAUAUAUCAGCAUUUCAGUGAUGGUAGUUUUUAAUAAUUUGCUGUUUCAUUUGUAACGCCUGAGUAGUCUUAUUCCAAUAUUUCUAAAUUGAUUACUUUUUCCAUCCACAUUUUUGCUUCUCUGAUACUAAUGUCAGAAGUCCAGUGCAAAUGAAAUGUCCUCUACUUUUCUCAUAUCAUUUCUAAUUCUUAUCUCUUGCCAUAGUAUCUUCCCUUGUAUAGAAAAAAAAUGAGUACAAUUCAACUUCCCUCCUGCUUGACUGCUGAAAAUAAUUUCCAAUAGGUCUCUCCUAUUGUAGGUCUCUCCUACAACUGUAAAUGUGUCUGUCAUGAGUUCUUCAGUGAAGAGUUCAAACAGCUACCUAUGACUAUCAUGCUGCUUGUGUAAACACUGGGUUGGUUCCAACAUCCGUCUGUGAUGGACACAGACCUUUCUCUGCUUUCUCCUCUUACUAACAGUCCCUUCUAACCCUGGAAAAAUUGACACCUGGGUUGCAGGAGUAACAGAUGGAUGUGCCAGUUUGUUGCAAUGAGGAGGAGGAAAGGGGGUGGAACUCUGCCUCUUCCAUGAGUGGGACAAGGGAACAUUUUUUCCUCUUUCAUCUCCUGUGGAAUAAAGUGUCCUUGGGUCAGAAAGAACUGUUGGGGGAAGAUCUGCAGUCUUUGUGUGCAAGCACAUUGUUCUUUUCAUUUAGGAAUAUAUAUUUAUCAGUGCCUGGAAUCCAAGUCCUUUCAGGAUUAUGAAGAGCAAUGUGGUUUUGACUGUUUGAAAAGAGGGGGAAAUAUCCAUCUGUAAAAUAUAGGACCUGAAUAUGUUCUAUUCCUCACUGCUUUAAAAGGGUUGUAAAAAUCCCAUAUGUGUUAAAAUUCCCUGUAUAGCUUUAAAAAAAAACACAGACUGAUUCUCUGUUCUGAAUAGAUGCAUUAAAUAGCUGCAGGUAGUGGGUGGUGCAGAAAAGUUGUUUACAGUAGAUCAAAUUAGUCUACAGAACUAUUUUUUCCCCUUGCCCUUUUAAGCAGGAUUGGAUGGAUUGAAAAACAAUUCAGACUGGAGGAGGCAGGUUGCCAUUUACAUUCAGCAGAUCAAAUUCAACACAGAUUCCUUGCCUUACUAAGAUAAUUCCAGGCUUUUUUUGUUUGGGAGCAAGACACGAAUGCAAAUAAAUAAUAAUUGUACAUAGCAUUCUGAAGUGUUUUGGAUAAAUCACUAAUGGGUUACUAUCCAAAAUGUCUUUUCCAGAAUCUGCCCUUGCAGCACUGUAGGGCAACUAGAUGAGACACUCCGAGAUGCAUGAUGGGAUCUUCCUGGCCAUUUGUUUUAAAGCUAAAUUACAAUUGUGGGCAGUUCCAGUUCAUGUUGGGGCUGUAUAGUGCAGGGGAGAGUAAUCUACUUACCCUCCACAGUUUUACUUAUCCAGACUAUCUUCCCUGCAGUGCUUUUAGCCCCAGAAGGGAAAAAAGAUAGCCCAUCUUUUAUCCCCCUUUCCAAGGCAUGUAAUUCAGGGAGCCUGUUUUGAUAGCCCAGACUGGCUGGACAGCCUUCCUGUGUAGCCCUGAUAUUGUUUUUAAAAAAUACAGGAAAGAUCUGGCGUUGGAUCUCCCAGUACCUCAUCUAGCUUAACUUUUAGACCAGGGGUGUCAAACUCUGACCCUUCAGAUGUUCAUGGACUACAGUUCCCAUCAGUCCCUUCCAACAUGAGCAUUGGCCAUACUGGCAAGGGCUGAUGGAAAUUGUAGUUCAUGAACAUCUGGAGGGCCAGAGUUUGACAGCACUGCUUUAGACUGUUCUUUGAAUAAUAAAUGUCGUUUUUUAUGCACAUGUGCAAUUAUAUGUCACGAUAAACAAAAUGACUUUUAUAAAAACAUGUAUAUGCCUUCUUACAGUGGGGAUUUUGGAAUCCCAUCAUAAAUGGCCAUACUGAAUAAUAAUUACUAGGAGAUGAUUACCCUAAAGCAUGAUGGAUCUCAGAUUUCUUUCAUUUGACGCUUAAAUUGAACUACUUUCUGGGUACGUUACAAAAAACUACAGUGGGCAAGUUUUGUAUUUUCUUUGCCAUUAAUUAGUGUGGUUGAUUGAUUCAGUUCAGUUUAGUUAACCACUGUAUGGAUGAUUGGCAAGUCUUGGGUUGCAUUUGCAGGCAUCAUGCAUAACAUUUUUUAAGAGGUGAGAGCUAUUGUUAGGUGUCAAGAGUUUUUUUAUGUUUAUAAACCAAGUAUUGUAGAUACUUUAUUUAUCUGUUGUACAGAUUUGGUUAAAGAUUAUUUUUGUUGGAAAUGUUGCACUUGUUUGCUAUUACUGUAUGUGGGAUAAAAUAUAUUUUCUUUUAAAGUUAUGUGAAAAAUAUGAAGUAAUUUAAACACUGAAUAAAUAUUCUGUGGGUGCUUA